AUGAUCUCAUUAGCAGGGGUGACAAUGGAUUCUCCUCCACAGCAGGCGCAAACCUCCACUUCUAAUAUCGAAAGACCCUUUCGGUUACUUGUCAAAGAUCGUUUGUUUAUUAUCGAAUCGACAAUUAUUGCCAAACUCUCUCCUAUAUUUGCCGGAAUUAUGGUCUGUCCGGCAAGUAACUCAUCUAGUACAAGUGAUAGCGAUGAUCAACCUUUACGGGAAAUUGUUGACGAAAGCAGUGGAGAUAUUGCCACAUUUUUAAAUUGUUGCAGCGAUGCUGAUCUUAUAGAUGAAAACAAUUUUGCAACGGUUCUUCGCUUAUCGAGAAAGUAUCAAGUGAAUUCGCUGAUCGAAGCUUGCGAAGAAUUCAUUUCCAAUAGGUGUAAUUUGGAUGCAUUGAAAGCAGAUCAAGUGGUAACAUUAUUGGUUGUAAGUAAUGAAUAUCAUCUGCGUAGGGAAGUAAUGAUCAAGCUUAUCAAUCGGAUCGCUUCUGAAACUAAAAAUGAUUUAGUGCGUUUAAAGUUAAGCAGAUUACUACCACCUCAGUUACAUGGUUCAAUAGUAACAACAAAUCUAAAUAUGACUCAACUCAAAGAGAUUGAAUCGAUGAAUGGUCAUCUAUUCAAGAUGAACCGAUCGGUAACGCUGUACAGACGGAUGGCUUGUGAGAUGUGCAAGAAAAUCACUGAUUCCGCAUACUGUGAAGGUUGCAAAAAAGCAUUUUGCAAAGAUCAUUGGACUCGGAAUAAGUGCGUAAGCAAUUACGGACAGAAUAUGAUAGAUGAACUGCGACAAAAUUUGGUUGAGUUGGAAUACGAAUAG